AUAAAAAGGUGUGUGUGUGUAUGUGGGUGGCUGGACACGAUGAGGAGCACAGGGAGCAUGAGGAGCUGCAGGCUGUUGCUCUGCUUGAUGCUGCUUUCAGGAUCCAGCAGAGCCCACCUGACGGAGACCAAAUCCCCGAUCAGCGAGGACCAGCUGAGCCCCAGAGCACUGCGUCACUUCUACUCCAAAGGACCAAACCUGACCUCAGAGAAACAGCUGCUCGGAGCUCUGCAGGAAGUUCUGGAGAAACUUCAGGCGAAGAAAACGUCUCCAUGGGAGAAAAAGUUUGGCCAAGUCCCCACGUGUGACGUCGGGGAGCAGUGUGCGGUGAGAAAAGGCUCUCGGAUCGGCAGGAUGUGUGACUGUCCUCGUGGAGCGUUCUGUAAUUUCUUCCUGCUGAAGUGUUUAUGAGAAACACAUACAAACACACACACACACGUCUUUUAUUAAAGGUCACAUUUGAAUGAGAGCUGAGGAGCAUGCUCAGUAACCACAUGGUGUUUAACAGAGAGUCUGUGUGAGGCUUGUUGUGAUGAGAAGAAGAGUUAAAAUUUGUGAUGUCAUGUAAACAAACUGUAAAUAUUUGAGUCUAA